AUGGGAUCCAAAGGAUACAUCAGUGGAAACUACAACGGAGCUGCUCUUCUCCUAAUAGAUUUCAUUGAUUCAAGCAACGUUGCAGAGGUCAUAGAUCCAAACAUAACGACUAUUACUCCAGUCAACAAGUUGCAUCCGCGCGAUGAUGUUUUAGCCUCUGGAAGUGACUGUUCAAAUAGCGGCCACGAGAGAAAACAGAGGGUUGUUGAGGAGAAGAAGGAUAAGAAGAUUGUUAUAUGUUGUGGUGACAGCAAUAAGAAAGGAAAAAAACAAAAAGCGUGGCAGCAAUGA